CAAAGAUGGCGAACAUGGACGUGGAGGAUUUCAUUCAGCAGAACAGAGCGCUGGCGGACCAGGUGGAAACGUUCCGAGGCUACUGGGAGAGCGAGAAACACUGGCAGGCCCGGCGGGAGUUCAUCCUGCGGAACAUCAGCGACUACGAGGACCCGCACCUGGACCAGCUCGUGUCCCUGUCCAUGGUCUGGGCCAACAACGUCUUCCUCGGCUGCCGCUACAGCUCGGUGCUGCUGGAGAAGGUGAAGGACAUGGCUGAAGGAGUCGUGGUGGAGGACGCUCCGGUCUUCAAGACCAGAGACGAGAUCAUGAAGAAGCAGAAGUGUCAGUGAUGGACCAGCUGCAGUCGGGUGGUUUUUAUCUCGGAUGUGUUUACAUCUAAAAUAUUUUGUAAAAAGACUUGCUUUUAAUUGUUCAUGUUGGAAUUUCUCCAUUUUUACACUUUUACUUUUUUUUGAUGAUGAUGAAAUUGAAUGUGUCCCGAAUGUCUGAAGCAUAAUAAAAUACUUUCUUAUAAGAUUGGUUUCUUUUAACCACAAUGUUCCUGCACAUGGUUCUUUUUGC